AUGGGGAACGAGGCCAGCCUGGAGGGACAGGAGGGACAGGCGGGACAAGCGGGACAAGCGGGACAAGCGGGACAGGCCGGCCCCGGCGUCCCCGCGGCGGGGGCUCCGGCUUCCAUUUCAGCACCAGCGGACUGUGGACAGCUCCUCAAGCCCAGCAAUGGGGCUGGACCCGGCCCGGGGAUUAACAGACCACCGCCAUCAGACCCAGGGCCGAAAGCAGGGGUCCAGAGUGGUCACGGGACAGGGGACAGGCUCGCCUCCCACGACACCCCUCAGAAUGCCGGACCUCCAUCAGAGCAGGGCCAGGGUCAUGUGGCCAGGAGGAAUCUGCAGGUGGACGUGGGCGGCAGCAGGACUGGGAGGUCCCCUUCUGUGUCCCCAGACCGAGGCAGCCACCCCACCUCUCCUUACUCUGUGCCUCAGAUUGCGCCCAUGCCCAGCAGCAAGCUGUGCCCCGUCUGCAAAACAACCGACCUGACGGGCGCCGGUGAUGACAACGUCAACACCUGCACACAGUGCCGCUCCACGGUGUGCAACCAGUGUGGUUUCAACCCCAACCCUCACCUCACAGAGGUGCAAGAGUGGCUCUGUCUGAACUGUCAGAUGCAGAGGGCGCUGGGGAUGGACAUGACCACACCGCGCUCCAAGAGUCAGCAACAUAUACACUCUCCUUCUCAUCCAGCCAAACCAGAACUCAAACCCGUAGCUUCGAGUCAGCCUGCAACCCCGACACACGCCCCCCCUCAGUCCCAGCCUCCAGCAUUGGCUCGCCCAGUGCCUGGCCCUAUCAUACAGACUGGUCCAGCUGGCCCGAGUCAGCAUCAAGUUAGGCUCCCUCCAGGGGCAGUCCCUCUUCCUGGCAUGGCAAAGGCCCCAUCCCAGCCUGAUCUGUCCCGCAACUCUCCUGCCCACCUUCCACAGCACCCCCGCCAGGACCAGACUCGCAGUGCGGGGAGCUCUCCUUCACGACAGCCCCCCCCUCCAGAGCAGACUUUUGGGAAGUUGUUUGGCUUUGGUGCAUCUCUCCUUAACCAAGCCAGCACUCUCAUAUCUGAGACUACUCAACCCCAACCACAACCCCCCAAACCAUCCCCCAAACCAGGAGGACCUCCUGGUCCUGGUCCUGGACCUCAGGCUGCACAACAAGGGCCUCGUGCCCCUGCUCAGCAGCAACAACAGCAUCCUGCUCCACAAGCCUCCAAGCCCAAAGCGUGUUGUCCUCUCUGCAAGACAAACCUCAACGUAGGCGACACAGCAGACCAACCCAACUACAACACCUGCACACAGUGCCACUCCCAAGUGUGCAACCUGUGUGGAUUCAAUCCCACCCCCCAUCUAGUCGAGAAGAAAGAAUGGCUGUGCUUGAACUGCCAGACGCAGAGGGCCUUGUCAGGAAGCUUGGGAGAUAUCCCAGCUCCUGCUGCACACCCCGUUGGAUCCUCCCGACCACCUGCAACAGCUAAUCAACAACCCUCUCAGCAGAAAGGGCCCAAUCAACUCUCAGGGUCUAGGCAACAACUGCAGAAACCAGCGGGUCCCCAAGAUUCCAACAAAUCAAGUACGCAGAGUUUAAGUGACACUGGAUACUCUUCAGAUGGAAUCUCCAGCUCUCAAGGGGAAAUUAUAGGCCAGAUCCGAGAAGAAGGAAUAAAGCUGAGUGAAAGAGGUGCUUCCAUCCCCUCAGAAAUCACCAAGCUAGAAAGCUCAAUGAAGCCUCUGCUAGGGUCAAAGACCACCUCAGAUCAUAAGCUCAGGCCACAUUCACUGUCAGUUGGACAGGGCCGGGACUACAAUCCUGAGGAUGAUGCAGCAAGGGAUGAAUCAGAGGAUGACCUCAGUUGUAAGCUUCGCCAUGAUUAUGUGGAGGACAGCAGUGAAAGUGGUCUCUCGCCAUUGCCAGUAAGACAAAAGAAGUCGCAUAAAGAAAUAACAGAUGAGGAGUUCAUGAGGAGGCAAAUUAUGGAGAUGAGUGCUGAUGAAGAAGAGAUGGAGGAAUAUGGAAACCAGAAGCCUAAAAAGGGACAUCGAACCAGUGGGGAUGGAAGCAAAGAGAGACGACGGCUCUCCCACCAUUCUAGUAGUUUUGAGGAUGACACCAAGGGAUCAGAGGGCGCAUACAAUGCCAAUGAAGAGGAAGAUGUUGUAAUGGCCGGAGGUCUUCGACGCUUUAAGACUAUUGAGCUGAAUAACACCAACCGAGACAUGGAACUCAGUACCGAACAUGACCUACGAGAACCAGAGCUGGAGAUGGAGAGUCUGACUGGUUCUCCAGAGGAGCGGUCCAAGGGGGAAUAUUCAUCAACUCUGCCUGCCACCACUCCCAGCUACACCUCUGGAACAUCCCCCACAUCUGUAUCAUCCAUGGAGGACGACAGUGACAGUAGCCCUAGUCGCAGGGCAAGACUAGAAGAGGCAAAGCAACAGAGAAAAGCUCGACAUCGUUCUCAUGGGCCACUGCUGCCCACAAUAGAGGACUCAUCUGAGGAGGAUGAGCUCAGAGAAGAGGAAGAACUACUUAGAGAACAGGAGCAGAUGAGAGAUCUAGAGCAACAGAGGAUCAGAAGUACUGCUCGAAAAACAAAAAGGGAUAAAGAGGAGCUACGGGCACAGAGACGCAGAGAAAGAUCCAAAACUCCCCCCAGUAAUCUUUCACCCAUUGAGGAUGCAUCGCCAACAGAAGAACUGAGACAGGCUGCAGAGAUGGAGGAGCUUCACAGAUCAUCUUGUUCUGAAUACUCCCCAUCUAUGGACUCUGAGGCAGAGGGCUUUGAGAUGAUUGGUGGAAAGCUUUACAAAACAGGAAAUGAAUAUAACCUCCCAACCUUCACUUCACUCUACUCUCCUACAGAAAAGACAUCAGCAAUCUCACCAUCUGAUAAAACACUAAAAAGUGCAGAGGAGGUUUAUGAGGAGAUGAUGAAGAAAGCCCAGCUUAUGCAGAGGCAAGGACAGACAGUUAAUCAGCAGAAAGGUGCCUCUCAGCCUGAUGGUAAACAUCACCUUGAAGCAGGAGCUGUCCUAACCCCUGGCUCAAGUCCAACACAAGUAACUGCACCAAUGUCCUUUUCGACAUCAGGAUGUGAUCCAAGAAUCCCAGGAAUUCAUGCAGCACAGCAUCUUUCGAAAGAAACACAAAAUAGGAUGAUGACACAGAGUGCCAAAAUUGAAGGCGUUGUUGGAGUUGCCCCAACCAAACCCCAAGUCAGUCAGACUGCCCCAACUCGACAAACCGGUAGCACAGUCCCUGCCGGCAGCAGAGCAGGCACUCAGAGGCCAACACAGGCAUCAGCUGACUCUGGCACAUCCUCCCUAACCUCCAAAGUCUUUUCCCUUUUCAAAGGUUCUAGUCCCCCAGUUUCCCCCACCACUUCUCCAGCACAAAGUCCAACACAUAUGCCAUCUGUGCGACCCACUGGUGGUAGUGGUAGGCAGCUGCCUACCUUGCCUGGUGGUCCUACAUCAGCUACAGCCUCCCAAGGAGCUCAGGUACCUCAAAGAGCAGUUUCCCCACGCCUUGCCCGACAGCGGUCCUCUCAAGAUUCACCAGUGAUGGUAAUAACUCUAGGCUCUGAAACAACUAGUCAAACAAAGCCACUAACUGUAAAUUCUUCCACUUCCCCUUUGUCAUCACCAACACAGGUCAGUUGUAAAACAUUGUAUAGCUCCCAGCCUUCUUCAACAAGUUCUCCAACAUCACCACAAAUGUAUCCAUUGCAGCAGUCUCCUAGACAUUCUUCACAGAUGGUUCAAAGUUUUGAAAAAGUAAAUGUUGGCAUUAGCACAGUGACCGCAAGUACACAUGGUCGUGGAUCUAUGGAAAAUAUAUCUAUAUGUAACAUUCAAGGAACUUCAAGGGUUAUGGGUCAGGGCCAAACACAUCCAAGCGGACAUGUAGUGGAUUUGAGAGCCCAAGUGAGGCCUGCCCCAAUUAUAAUGACAGACCAGGGGAUGGACCUAACAUCCCUUGCCACUGACACAAGAAGAUACUCUUUAGGAGCAGAGCAGCCAUCUAGUCGACACACAGCAGUGCAAUCUCUUAUUAUGAACCUAAAUUCCCAAGAGCAACCACAUGUCUCUGUAUCUACACCGACCACAGUUAGUGUCACAGUUACAGGUUCUACAUUCAUGCCAUCCAAGCAUCCAGUGGUGUAUGGAGAUCCUUUGCAAAAUCGAAUGGAUCUGGGGCAAGGGGUUGGAUCAGCUGUUUGUUUAACUCAGAAUAAGCCUCAGAUUACUGACCCAUCUAUUCCCAAAAUCGAUGCCUGCCUGGAGAACCUAGGCAUACAACAGCAACAAUUGCAGUUACAGCAGCAGAAGCUCCUGCAGCAGCAACAACUUCUUGAGCAGCAGCUUCAGCAGCACCAUCAACAAUCCUCCUUUGCUCGUUACAAUUUAGCUAAUCAGGUCCAGCCACUGUUAAUGAAAAAAGACCUUGUAGUGAGCCAGACAAGCAAUAACCAGUCUGUAGUGACUACGAGUGCCAUACCUAGACUAUCCCCCCCAGCUCCCCCUUCAGUGUCUGGGGCUACUGCUUCUAAUACUCCCCAGGACAUGUAUGGAGGAGUUGCCUUAGAGCUAAAAAAUAAGCCUACAGUAAUGAACUUAUCCACAGGCAAACCCCAUGUUAUGAUGGUGCAAAUUGAUGAGAGUAACACAUCACAGGGCAGCACAGUGACUCAACUGGUAAAACACGAGGAACCUCCUCCCCCUCCUCAGGUCUUGGAUCUCACGGGCCAGAUUAAACCAGAAAACCAAGUGGCUUGUUGUGAUGUUGUUUACAAAUUGCCCUUUGCUGGAUCCUGUUCAGGGUCAUUCUCUCAGACAACAGCGGUAUCCUCUGAUAAAACCCCCACCACUGAAACCUCUCAAGCAGCCCACGCUCCCCAUCCACCACACUACAGCCAACAAAAACACCAGCCACCUCAAGCAACACAAGGAGUGACAGAGGACAAUAAACCAUAUCAACCACCUUUGGUUCCUUUUGGAAGAAUACAACCCUCAAUGUCUGACAAUAAUCUCCCUUCCAUGCCUGAUGCUGGUCACUAUACAAGCAACGUCCAGGGGGGUCUUGCAGUAGAUCUAAGUAGCAUGAAUCAGGCUUACGAUGGAUAUAUGGGCAUUGGAGCUCAGUAUGGUUCUUUCACAGACUUGCGUCACCAAGGGGAUUUUACUGCCCCUUCAUUACCCCUUCGCCGAUACGGCUCCAUGUCAAAUAUUAAUUCAGAUUAUGCCUUCACUUCACGUGACCUAUCAGGACCGCAAGACUCCAAUCUGGCUCAUUACAGUGCAACCACCGCUAGGGAAAUUAGUCGCAUGUGUGCAGCUCUAAACUCACAGGACCACUACGGCAGCAGGUAUGGAAAUAACCCUGAAGUGGUAGCAUAUGGGGCUGGAAGGGGUGGACCUUUAGCUAGGCUUAAUCUACAGCAAAGCUUAGCGUCAAUAAGAGCAAACCUACUGUAUGGCCCCGAUGGAAGACCAACGGCAAAUGGCCAUACCCUAACAAACUUAAUAAAUGCUAGACAAGCAAGUAUCCGCGCCUUGUACCCUGCUGCUAUGAGGGGAGGUGAUGGUAUGAUAUAUUCCACAAUAAACACUCCUAUCGCCUCUACCUUGCCAAUUACCACACAGCCUUCCUCUGUUCUGCUACCCAUGCCUAGAGGAAUUUAUAGACCAUACCCUACAGGUGUUACAGCUGUACCAUUGGCUAGUCUUACCAGGUUGCCUCAAGUGGCUCCUAGAAUGCCUCUGUCCACACAGGGACCAUAUUCUUACCCUGCUCCGAGUCAGUAUUCGAUUUCAGUUUCACCAUCAGGAAGUGUGACUGCUGCAAGCAGCUCACACCAAGAAAGUCCAAUGUACCUUGGAAAGCCUUUAACUACAGUUGCACCGCAAACUGCUGCCCCCAUGUCACCAAGCCAACCAGCAGCCCACUUAGGAGCACAAAAUCUACCAGCACAUGGUUUGCAAACCCUAGCAGAUCAGCAGAUAGACCACAAUCAAUGUGCUGCAGCUCUUUCUCAUGCUCAAGGCCAACAUCCAUCUGUCCAGCCAGUUCAGGCUCAAAUGCAGCCACAGCGGUUACCUGCUCAAACUGAACCUUUGUCUUUGACUCAAACCCAACCUCAAAUUCAAGCCAUCAGUCAACAGCAACCAUUAGUUCUGCCUCAGGGCCAACAAGUGACACCCCAAGGUACUGCCCUUACACAGACGGCCAUACUUUCUCCUCCCAUAGAUGAACAGAAAAGUAAGGAAGAUGAGAAACUUAGUCAGCAACAAGAGCAUGUGCUGCAGCUAGAGCGAGAGAGAGUUGAACUGGAAAAUGUACGGCAGCUGCGCCUACACGAGGAGCUUGAAAGAGAUCGCAUGGAGCUCCAGCGCCACAGAGAAAAAGAACAAUUAAUUGUUCAGCGUGAGAUGCAAGAACUGCAGACAAUCAAACAGCAAGUACUACACCAACAACAAGCAGAGCGGGAGACGCAACUUAUUAUGCAAAGAGAACAACUAGCCCAACAAAGAAUGCAACUUGAACAAAUUCAGUCCCUUCAGCAUCAGCUCCAGCAGCAACUGGAGGAGCAGAAAAGGCAAAAGACGGCAGCAGUGGAGACAGCAGCUGCUGCUGCAGCAGUAGAGGCAGCAUCAGCAGCGGCAGCAGCAGCUACAUCUGCCCAGAGUGCUAUUCAAGGGGUAGUUGUUGGAGGAGGGGCCCCUCAAGGAUUCAUUAUAUGUGAUCAGAGUGGAAGAGUUAUUCAACAAGAAGGACAGAGUGUUCAAUUUUGGCAGGAUGGACAUGUUGUCCAAGCCGUGAUGGCCGCUCGUCCUAUUCAUAGUUCAGCCUCUGAAAUGUCUUUGAGGAGCAGCGACAAACAGGCUGAUUCAAGGAUUAUGAAAAAGCAGAAUUCAAUGCCUCGGCUGAGGGAUGGCGCAGAGGAGGACUCAGUGAAGAGGAUUACAGACAGCUGUGUGCAAACAGAUGACGAAGAUGGGGAGGACAGAUUCAUUAACAGGCGUAGGAGAACAAGGCGUAUUGCGGACUGUAGUGUGCAAACUGAUGAGGAGGACCAGGGAGAAUGGGAGCAGCAACCAGUGAGGCGCAGGCGAUCACGUGUAUCCAAACACUCUGAAUCCAGUGGUGAGACUAAAUCAGAAGGGUCAUCUAAAGUGGCUUCUGCAAGUAUAGCUAUCCAGACCACAAAUGAUUCCUCAUGCCAGACAGAGUCAGAACAGCUAGGCAGAAUUUCACCUGCAAUCCACAUAACAAUGGCAGAGACCUCAAAGGUUGACCUGUUACAUUAUAUAGCCGCCCCUGAAAGAACCCACAAAGGAGAGAGUUUGGCCUGCCAGACAGAACCAGAGUCUCAUUCUCAGGGUGUGGUCACCCCUCAACUGAGUGUCCCUACAACAAUCAGUCCAUACUCCACCAGUCUGCAUAUGGUAGGUGCAAACACAUCAGAUCAAACCUCUCCUAGACUCCAAGGAGUUGCUAAGUUUGAGAGGAGGAAACCAGAUCCCCUGGAAAUUGGCUAUCAGCAGCAACAAAAUGAGUCUCCAUCUCGCCACCCCCCAAAAUCUCCCCAGGUGCUAUACUCGCCUGUGUCUCCAUUGUCUCCUCAUCGUAUGUUAGAGACAACGUUUGCCUCCCAGGAGAAACUCAACAAGGCCCAUGUUACACCCCAGCAGAAGGCCUUCACUGCUGAAUCACCUCAACGCCACCAGACUCUACCAAGACCCAUAAAAAGUGUGCAGCGCUCCAUGUCAGAUCCCAAGCCUCUCAGCCCAACAUCAGAGGAUCCUGCCAAGAACAGGUUUUCACCAUAUCAUCAGCAAGCUGUAUCCAACAGUCAGCAGAUGGUCUCCCUGCAGCAGCAGCAGAACUCUCUGAUGAGGAAAAUAAAGAGGACUCUCCCCAGCCCCCCUCCAGAGGAAUCUCCGCUCCCCAUCGUUACUCCAGCACAAAUGUACAGCUCUCCUGGCAUGCCCCAGAGGGUCCUACCCAGACCCUCUCAGGGAGUCACCAAGGCCGGCUUGCUGAGUGAACUGAAAGCUGUGGAACAAGAGUCAUCAAAGCUGCGAAAGCAACAGGCCGAACUGGAGGAAGAAGAGAAAGAGAUUGAUGCCAAGCUGCGUUACUUGGAGCUAGGCAUCACCCAACGUAAGGAGACCAUGGUGAAGGAGAGAGAGAGGAGGGACAUUGCUUACAUGAGAUGUAUGGGUGAUGCUCGUGACUACAUGUCAGAUAGUGAGCUCAAUAAUCUCCGGAUGGCAGCUGCAACAGCAACCUUUGAUGCUAAUGGCUUGCUGACAAGGCCCAGCACUGCACCACUGAGUCAGUUUCCUAAUGACCUCAAUGCAGCCCCUCAGUAUCCCUCAACCUCCUCUUAUAUGUCUUAUUCAUACCCACAAAGUCAACCAUCAACACAGCAGCCAAGUGCAGCUUACCAACAGAUAGGCUUUCAACCUCCCCAGUACCCUUCAUCCUCUGCACCUCAGCCAGGAACCUUCCAGCCCCACCCCCCUCCAGGCCCUGGCUACCAGAAUCAGGGAACAUACCCCUCCCGCAUGUAUGCCCAGCCCUCCUACCAGACAGACCUUGGCAUGCAGCAGCAUGGUCACCAGGCCUUCCAUCAGCCUGGUCAACCCAUGCCAGGCCAGGGUCUUCCCUACCCCAGCCACAGCUCUUACCAACCUGGCCUCCCCUACCAGCCCCAGGCAGAGAUCCUUACAGUACAUCAAAGACCAAGGCAAACAUCUUUGGCAGACCUUGAGCAAAAACUCCCAACCAACUAUGAGGUCAUUAGCAACCCAGCAGUGUCAGUGGCAACAUCAGCUCCAGACAGCAACUUUGCCAAUGCAGUCUACAACAAUGCCUAUGGACAGUACCGCCACCCUGAGCCUGGUUUGACUCACCCUGUAGAGAGUCCCACCUCUGCCUAUGCUCCAGAUGGUCUCUACACCUCAAACCUAGAGCAGAAUAUUCCAAGGAACUAUGUCAUGAUUGACGACAUCAGUGAGUUGACAAAAGAGAACACUAACCAGCCCACUGAUGCUUUAGGUCAUCCUGUUGGAGGCCGGUAUCGCACUGAGAACGGCCCUGCCCGUGGGAGCUCCUAUGGUAGGCCUGAAGAUGAGCCUGUUGAUGUUUACGGCAGACCUACAGGAUCAACAGGUUACCAAAGCACUGUAGACAGUCGUACCACCACCACAGUGAGUGGAGGCUCUUCAUAUUACUAUGAUGAUUAUAAGCAGUCAUCACGGAGCACCCCCAGUAGCCACAAACUUACACCUAAGAAUCUUGCCCCAGCUGUAGUCUCCUCUAAACGCAGUAAGCACAGAAAGCAGGGCAUGGAGCAGAAGAUCUCUAAAUUCUCCCCAAUUGAGGAAGCACGGGAUGUUGAGUCUGACCUUGCCUCUUACACAAUGACAACAUCAACAGGAGGCAGUUGUACGGUUGUAUCCAGAUCCAAGAAGGUUCAGGACGAUAUGACCUACGGGAUGAAGAAAAACGCGUAUGACCAGCAGAAAUAUUAUGGCACCAGUCGUGAGGGUCUUGAGGAAGAGGACCGCAUGUAUAGCUCUGGAAGGUCCAGGUCUACUGGAUAUGGCAUGGACAAGAUUUCCUCCAGAGAUGCCACAGGCCACAGGAGUAAAUCUUAUGAAAGAGAUGCCAUGGAGCGGUCUCAGAGAGGCAGUCGCAGUGGAAGGCCUCCGAUGCGCAACCAAAAUUCAGAAGAGGAGAGCCCACUCAGUCCUGUUGGGAAGCCUGUAGGCAUGGGAAGAACCGACGACACACCGGAAGCCCACGAUGUGAGGAAUCAGUAUGGCUCCAGCCAUUCAUUGCCAGACGUUCAGGACCACCACAAGAAGGACCUGCCCAGGAGUCAUGUCUAUAAACCAGAUGACCCUUACCUUGUAGAUGACAGUCACUGUGCUGUUUCUGACAGUGAAGCCUAUCACCUGGGCCAAGAAGAAACUGACUGGUUUGAGAAGCCACGGGAGGCCCGUUCUGAUCGCUCAAGACAUCACGGAGGUGGAAGUCACUCAUCCACCGGUAGGCGUAGUAAACACACCUACCAUGAUUAUGAUGAACCUCCAGAGGAAUACUGUCCUCAGGAUGACUACAGUCAACAGCGCCACCCCACCUCCACCUCCACCUCGUCACGCGACCACCGUCACCACGGCAGCAGCUCUGGCAGACAUAACUCUUCUCGCCACUCCACGGAAGACCCAAGGUCCUCCCGCCCUUCUAGGACACAUCUCAAAGAUCCUUCUGUUCGCCCCGACGGGAGAGGCUCUUCGUCUGCACAAAGGAGGAGUGGUCCAGACUCCCGUUCUGCCCAGGGAAGCCCACGGAAUUCAGGUGAAUUCUCUCGUGAUACAGCCGCAGGACAUCACCACGGUACUGGAGGAAGGAGCCAGAGACCGCAAGGAGAUCGCACAACCUCCAAGAGGCAGGAUCCAUCUGCAGCAGGGUUUAAACCACAGCAGCAGCCCCCUCCGGGCCAUGCUGGUCAGCAACGGUCAGGCAGUCAGAGUCAGACUGGGAGACAUCCAGGCUCUGAACCACUUAAUGGCACCCCACCACCCCAGCAACAGGGUGCACAACAACAACAACAGCAACAACCACAACAACAACAACAACAGCAACAGCAACAACCACCACUGCAACACAACCAGACCGCUCCGACCAGCCAACCCAACACAACUGCUGCAGGAGCUGGACCAGCACAACAGCAGCCUAAAUCCGGCCAAACCCAACCUCAGGGACGCCAGCCCGGAGUCGGGUCUGCAACUGGGCCGCCAGCUACCACAGCAACAAAGAUGGAUACUACACCUGCACCUGCAGCUGCAGCUACUGGAAUGAAACCUACAGCAGGAGUUCCAACAGCACCUCAGCCUACAAAAAUAGCUACACCUCCUCUGACGGGCAUUGGCUCCAAGGCCGCGCCUGUUGGAAUUGGUAGCAAACCCGCAGGUAUAGGCAUCGCUGCGCCAGGACAGCCACCUGCCGAGGGGGACAAUGUUCUGACCAAAAUGCUGCAGGGAGGUGCUGCAGAGCAGGCGGGAAAACUUGGAGAUGCUUUGUCUGGACUUGGAAAGAAGUUCACUUCAUUGUGGUGAAGUGAUUAGUGGAGGGGUAUGCCGAUUUGAAAUUAGAUAGAUUGGUACAUUUGUUCUUGAAAAACCUAUGACUGCAUUAAAAACAUUUCACAUAACAGGAAAUAAAGGAGGGGAGAUCUUAGUGCAUCAAGCUGGAAAACAAAGGAUGCCUUGUCAGCACUGAAUCUCUAGACAUGAGCACACGAUUGAGUUGAAUUAAAUGAGGGCAAUCGCUUCGUCAGCACGAUGUUACGAGACAUGAGCGGAGGCCUGCAGGAGGCCUGGAAGUAAAUGGAGGCCUUUGCAUGACUAUAGUCCCAGAAUGAUUACCGUGGAGACUUUUGGAUGCUUCAGUGGAGGACAACAACGGUCGAUAAUGAGGAUGCAGUGAAGCGGAGGAGAGUGGGGGGAGGAGGACUUGAAUUUGCUUCCCCCUCCUCUUCUAGAAAAAAGUCUCCUGGGAUCUAUAUGACAGUAAAAGGCUUGAUGAGAGAGGCACCUGGAUAUCAUAGGAGAAAUUCUGCUCUGCCGUGCUUGCCCCUCUUUAAAUCAACUCAACAUAGGAAGCGUUGCAGCACCCUCUACAGGGAUUUCUAUGGAACACAGCUCAUGUUUGAGGACUCCUGGUGAGGAUGUUUGAUUCUACGUUCAUCCCCUCAGAGCCUUUUCAUACAAAAAAUAUAUAAAAAGAAGGAAGAUUUUCCAUAGGUUUUGCUUGCACCAAAAAUACCAAUCUCAACCCACAGGAAUGUCGCAUAUCUGAAGAAGACAAUGUGUAUCACGGCAACGACAACGACAACCAACCUUAUGACUCCACUACAACCCUUGAAUGUUUGGUUUUCUCUGGUCUCUGCAGUACAUUCCAGUUUAGGGAAUUUUACCCUUUCUUUGAAUGUGUUUUUAUUUUGUCCUCUUUUCGUUUUUUGAUGUCUACAGAAUGCGUUGUGUAAAUGUGGACACCAGAAUGCACGCACAAAUAUUAGAAAAACUGAAAAAAAAAGAAGCCCAUUUUUUUUCACCACCUAUGAGAUGCCACUAGUCAUUAGCUUUAGUUUUAGGGGAAGGGAUUUACUACCAGUGUGCCCACAAAUGUGUGAGAUUCACACAGAUGAGAGGACCAAAUGAAAGAGUGGCCACGGCUCUUUAUUAGCCAUCGCAAAGCCAUCGUUAUCGUCGGCCCCAGAGACUUCUGGGACUUUAUCUGUUUUAUUGUUUGUCUCAUCUUUUUGUUUUUCAUUUUUGCCUGAUAUUUAUUGAAUGGAAGAGCCUUAUUUGUUACAUCUUUUUACCUGUAUACCUCAUAUGUUUUAAAUUGUCCAUAUCACCAUGCAUUUCUUUUUACACAACUGUAUAUUGUAUGUACAUAAAACAAAUCAAAGAUCUAAUGAUGUAAAUUUGUCCUUUGUGUAUUUAUGGAAUCACUUUCUAGUGACUUUCUUUCUUUUCUUUCUUUUUUUUUGCUGUUCUGUGUUUUUUUUGUUGGUAAAACUAUAUUUUUCACUUUUGAUUUGUUUGAAUCUGUUUUCUUGCAUCAAAUUAUUUGCUUGUUUGUUUUUAAAAGCAAUAGCAUGCAGAAAAUGGUAUAUAGCACAAUGGUAUAAAUAUUGUUUCAAUUUGCGAAGGGAACUUAUCAAACACUUGUGUCGAUAAAUAGCCGUAAUACAAUUUGUCAGAGGGUUUACAACCACAGUACCAUGUCCAGACAUGCAUGUUUUGUGCAGAUGCAUUAGAGCAUGCAAGACAGGUGCGAUCACACAGACUCUCUCUCUCUCUGUGUCUCUUGCAAACACAUAUGCACACACACACACACACACACAUACUGUACACGUUACGGUCUUUGCAUCCUAUAGUUACACCUCAAAGCCAAGGUUAAUCGAGUUCUCCACCGAACAGACCUGUUAACCUCCUGCAGAUCGAUGUGGUUACCAAUUCACCAACAAGAUGAUCUCACUAACAAGCUGGGCCCACUGCCUCUAUUUGUGCAAAGACACACGUACACACACAUACAUUUGCACACACAGACACACAAAUACAUACAGAUAAAGAAGAGGAUGAAAGCAAUUAUCAAUUUAAAUGUUCUAUGCAAUGACUCAUUUUGAACCUGGAAGUGAUUCAGCCGAAAACAGUUUAUUAUCAUCAUUGUAUUCACAAGAAAACAACAAAAUUAUGAGCUAAAACAGUAAAAAAAUAAAUAAACAAGGUCAUGAAAAUGUUUUUACUUAGCAACUUGUCUGUAUGAAUUUGAAUAUUGAACUAGAAUUGUUUUUAUUUUUGUGGCAUGUAUACUCACCCCUCACACCCCACACGGGGGACUUGUUGCCAAAGGGUAAACUGUGUAGACUGUUGGUUUUGAAUGUCCAUCAUCAUGUUGCUUUGAAGCAUGGGUUUGCUUGGCUUUGUCUGGCUGUUCGUAAGCCCUCAUUCAGUUCUUGUGCGUUUUGGCUGACCGGGGCUCCUCAGUGUUUGGCUUGCAGUGACUGUCCAUGCGGCUGUAAACCUGUGAUUCAGAUGGUCAGCACUUCUCAUUAAUACGUGUCAAUGUACAUAAUGGGUGUCAGUAUAACCUGUGGGGUCAAUGGAAUGCUACUAUCAGAUGUCUCUUUCUUGAUUAAAACACUCAGAAGCAGCCAAGCCAUGGGACAGGUGCAUGAUUUGAUCAUAUAUUCUUGGAAUUUGUACCUGUAUAAAAAAAAAGAGAAAAAAAAGGUAAGGCAUGAUUUCACUAUGGUUUUUUAAACCUUGACUUUCACGGGCCAACAAAGAGAAUAUUGAUGAGUAAAAUGUUGAGAAAGCCUUUCACAAAUCAGGGCAUGCCAUUUGGAAAGCACAAGCCUGAUUGGUAGAUAUAAAUAUAGAGGUUUGCUUGCGUAAGGAUGCCUCCAGCUGAACAGUGUGAGAACUGCGUCAGAACAAGAGGUGAAGGUGCUAGCUGGUCGAUAUGAGAUGCACGAGACAAAACAUCCUUUAGUGCAGCUGUCCGGAUUGUCAGAAAGGCAGACAGACACACAUUCUUACUGUAAAUACAAACUCAUUCUACUGUACAGCUUUUGAGUUCUGAGUACGGCCGUCAUGUGCAUCCCCAUGCCGUAUUUGCUGCCAACUUUUGUGUAUAAAAAUAAUAUUUAUUACCACGAUGAUGAUGAUGAUGAGAAAGCUAUUGAUGAUGAUGAUAAUUACUAUUAUUGCAUAAGCAUAGUAUAUGUGGCUGACUCAUAUUGACUGUUUACAACAGUGGAACAAAAACAUGUAUUCCGAAACAUCUGGUCUGUGUAGAGUUUCUAUACAUAUUGUUCAUUGUAAACAAGACAAAAAAGAAAAACCUCCAUGGCAUCAGCAGAGUACAAUGCCUUUGUCAGACUAUAAGGAGGUCUUUGAUUUGAUGGGUGUGAUCUGCGAGGUGAUGAGGAUCAUGGGAAGAAGCUGGCAAAAAAAAGACACAAAAAAAAAAAUCUGGAAAAUGUCAUUCACUGUUGUAAGUGCAAUGGGCAAAACGUCAGUCGUGUAUCCAUUGUGAAACCUUGUGUUCUAUUCAGUGUAUUCCUGUAAACAGAGUAAAUUUUGGUGCAUCAUGUCAAGUAAUGUGAUUAAUGAAAAAUAUUGACCCUGCAAUUUCCAAACAGAGAAAAGAAUAAAAAGAAAAUGAAUAUAU